AUGGAUGAGGACAAUGAGAUUGGACUUCCACAGAAGGGAAUCAAUCAAAUCGUCAAAGAGAUCAUCCCCGACGUUCGAAUCGCCAACGAAUCCCGGGACAUGAUCAACGCGUGCUGUGUGGAAUUUGUGAAGCACGUCGCGCGAGAAGCUCAGAAGAUUGCGAGUCAGGAUCAGCGCAAGACGAUCUACCAUGAGCAUGUGCAGAAGGCGUUGCAGAACUUGGGAUUCACGGCGGACUAUUUGGAAGCGGCGGAUAGUGUGCUAGAUGCGUGCAAAGUUGAAGCGGAAAAGAAGCUAAAACGAAAGAACUCCCGCCUCGAAAAGUGUGGAAUUCCAGAAGAAAAACUGUACGAAAUGCAACAAGAGCUCAUCGCAAAGGCACGCCAAAAGGAAAUCGAUCAGCAAAUGGCUCAUCAGCAAGCACAAGCCGCUGCGGUGGCUGCUGCCAACGCGCAAAUGUUCGGAGGAGAAGGACCAUCGGAUGGCACCGCUGCGCCAACCGAUGAUGACUAUGAUAAUUGA